CCCAUCUCUAACUCCCCUUCUAACUCUUCGCAAUCUCCCCCGUUCUUCUCGUCAACGCCAAUUUACCUUCCUCUCUUAUGUUCGCAAAUCCGAAAUCGCCGUCGCACGACUUCCAUUUUAUCAAUUUCAUCGAUAACCUCGCAUCCCCGAUUUAUCGUGCACCGCAAACUUAACUCCGCCAAUUCCUUCCACUACCAAUCUUGUCCUAUCCAUUGCCGUGCUUCUUGCGACAAUAGAUCCCAAGUGUUCUCGGCUUUGUAGUCGUCAUGGAGGAAGAGGACCGUCUCAAGGACGGCUUGGAGGGCCUUGCUGUCGAUACCACACUCGCGUCGCGGCCUACUACAGUCAAGAAAGAGAGCGAGAGCACCGCGUCAUCGCCUAAUGUCAGCAAAGAAUCUAGGUCGAGGAGUAUAUCACCCGAUGACCAGAAGGCGCGCAGUGAUAGUGCAUCUACUCCCGAUGGUCACCCGCCGAAAAUUACUCGCAAAGCAUCUCACAAGACGGCACCCCGAUCUGUUCAACUAUUCGACGAUUUACCUGAUGUCACCACAGAAUCUUUUCGUCAUUUCCAGGUUAUUCCAGACUGCCUAUACGGCUCUAAGUCUCUUGGAUCGACGGAUCACGACGCGCUGGAUUGCGAUUGCAGCGAAGAAUGGCGGGACGGCAUGAACCAUGCCUGCGGCGAUGAUUCGGAUUGCAUCAACCGAGCAACGAAGAUGGAGUGCGUCGAUGGCGACUGCAAUUGCGGUGAUGGUUGUCAAAACCAACGGUUUCAGCGCAAGCAAUAUGCUGAUGUUUCGGUUAUUCAAACCGAGAAGAAGGGGUUCGGACUCCGAGCUAACACGACUCUUGAAGCUAAUGAUUUCAUUUUUGAGUACAUCGGAGAAGUUAUCAACGAGCCCACUUUCCGAAGAAGGACAAUUCAAUAUGAUAAGGAGGGCAUUCGCCACUUCUAUUUCAUGUCACUGACCAAGAAUGAAUUCGUAGAUGCGACUAAGAAAGGUAACCUGGGUCGUUUUUGCAAUCAUUCAUGUAAUCCAAACUGCUACGUGGAUAAAUGGGUUGUUGGCAGCAAGCUUCGCAUGGGCAUUUUUGCCUCGAGAAAAGUUCACCCUGGCGAGGAAUUGGUCUUCAAUUACAACGUCGACAGGUACGGAGCCGAUCCCCAACCCUGCUACUGCGGGGAACCGAACUGCAUUGGAUUCAUCGGAGGUAAGACCCAGACAGAGCGGGCAACGAAACUAUCCGAUGCAACCAUCGAAGCUCUGGGUAUCGACGAUGGCGAUGGCUGGGAUACCGUCGUCGCAAAGAAGCCGCGUAAAAAGAAGAUCACGGAAGACGACGAGGAGUACGUUAAUAGCGUACAAGCUCGCGGCUUGGAUGAGAAGGACGUCACUAAAGUCAUGGCCACGCUCAUGCAAUGCAAGGAGAAAUGGAUUGCAGUUAAAUUGCUUGAGCGUAUCCAGCAUAGCGACGACGACCGAGUUCGCAACCGAGUUGUGCAGAUGCACGGCUAUCAAAUUCUGAAGACCGCGCUGAAUACCUUCUUAGAUGACAACAACGUCGUUCUUCAGAUUCUCGACAUCCUGUAUAAGUUUCCUCGGCUAACUAGGAACAAGAUAUCCGAUUCCAAGAUUGAGUCGACUAUCCAGUCACUAACAAAGUCAGACCACGAGAAUGUAGCUUCGGAAGCAACACGAUUGCUAGACGAAUGGAGUAAGCUGGAAAUAGCGUAUCGAAUCCCCCGAAAGAAGAUGGACCCUAAUGCUCAAUCAACACCGAGCGCACAACCCGUUAAUUCUUUUGAGGAACGUCGCGGAAACCGUUCUGAAGAAACACCCGUUAAAAAUACCUUCACUCUUCCGGAGAAUAUUCCUAAGGGUCCACGAAGCAAUGUCCCUCAACGAAACCAAAAUUACUUCAAUAAUCAACGCUUCCGCCGACCUCAGGUCCAGAAUCUCCCCCCUGGUUGGUUCGCAGCCACCGAUAAGCGGGGGAACUUGUAUUACUACACACGUAACGGCGUCACAACGUGGCAAAAGCCGACCGCGCCGCCCGAGUCAGCCCAGUCGCAGCUGAGAGGACCCUCUAUAGCAGAACAACGGCAGAAGACGCUGCAGGACAUCAUUGACUCUGUGACAAAGUCGGACAGUGCCCCUAGGCGAUCAGCAUCGCAAACUCCGCAAACUAGUACGCCUACCCAGGAACCCAAGAAGGAGAAGUGGCGCUCUCUGCCAGUCGAGAAGCAGAUGAAGAUUUACGAGAACACGCUAUUCCCACACGUAAAGUAUGUCAUGGAUAAAUUCCGCCACUCGCUCCCUAGGGAGGACCUAAAGAAGUUCGCCAAGGAUGUCAAUAAGAAACUAGUUUCCUCAGACUACAAGAACCACCGUGUCGAAGAUCCAACAUCGAUUACCGAGAAGCAAGAGAAGAAAGUCAAGAAAUACGUCAAAGAUUUCUUUGAUCGCGCAGUCGAGAAAUACAAGGCACAUGAGAAGAAGAAGGCUGAACGAGCUAACCAUGGGCAAGACGUAGCACGACCGGGCGAUGGCACAGACUCCAUUACAGCACCAGCUGCCAAGGAUGAAGAUAUCGUGAUGACAGACGACGAGACAGGUUCCACGCCUAACAGCGUUGACAGGAAGCGCAAACGUGAAGAUGACACGGCGGGCUCUCCUAGUGUGACGCCUUCCGAGACACCUUCAAUGAAGCGCCUUAAGGAGGAGGAAGCUGACGUUCCGAGUCCUCCGCCGCCGCCUCCGCCACCAAUUGACGGCGAGACUGCUUUGGACGUAGCAACUGAGGAUGAUAAGGCCCAUGGAGAACUUAAUGAUGACUUACUACAUGAAGACGACGAGGAACAGCGCGUAGCUGCUGAGGCGGAACGACAGAAGCUGCGAGAAGAGGAAGCGGCGCUUGAACGAGAGAACGAGCUUAACAUGCUCGAUUUCGAACGAGAACAAGAACAGCAGGACACCAAUGGUAAGAUGGUGAAUGGAACUCGCCAUGUCGAUGAAGGGGUUUCUCGAACUCGGGAGAACUCGGGCGGUGGUUUGGAUUCAGCUGGGGAGGAUGGUGCUGCGAUCCAACAUAGCACUAGGAAGCAUGAGGUCAUGAGCCACUAAGCAUGUACAGGCGUCGCGGGCCAACGAAUUGCUAGGCUUUUGCCCAGUAAAACCCCGCUUUCCACUUGAGUUAGGCCUUCGCAACUAAAAACACCCAAAAAGGGGAAAACAUCCAUAGCAACGAAUUCCUCUAUUUAAUACGACCAUAACAACAUUGCCGGUAAUUCAUGAGGACGAUUUCCCCAUCAUCGACUCUUCCGUUGUCUAUUGAAUCACAAAUUUUUUUGCGUACCAGAUCUUUACUUAAUCCAUUUCUCGGGGCGGGUUCUACGGUUUUUACACACACACACACAACGCACAUAUACAAAGGUCGCCGAA